AGAUCGUGAGAAUUUUUUUCAGUUUUACAUUACCCUCCAACUACAACAUGGAUUCACUCGACAACCUGGAUCCCGAGCUUCCUGCCCUUUCCUAUGACGACGACGUCGCUUAUGAAGACCAGCACCCGACGCACCCAUCAAAUGACCCUGGGCGGGCAGCCCUCGCCAAUCGUAUUGGGACCUCAAAAGUCUACUUACUGUCUGAAUCAUCCACGGCUAGAGUCGGCAAGCGCAAGCAUGCCGAUGAAGACGAGGACGAGACAUUGCGGGACGGGGGCGGCGAGGACGAGAUGGAUGAAGGUAUGAUGGGUAUUUGCCAGGCACACCAAUCUCUCACCUUCCCUACUGCUCGACUCUUCGCCUAUGCCACGCACUUUGACGCACAUCCCCUCGGCCUGGAAUGGAUCAACGACAACACUUGCGUGUUUGUCUUUGAAACCAAGGCUGGUGCACGUGCUGGCCAGCGUUUUCUGCAAAAGUCUCCGGCAGAAGAGCCGGACGAAGACGACUUUGUCACCGCGAAGCCAAUACCUGUCGCACUAUGGCCACCGGAGGAGCGCAUCAACAAGAGCCUUGGGAAGGGUGAGGGCUUGAAGGGAGUGAUUAGGAUGCGCUGGGCGAGGGAAGGAGACGUGAAGAAGCGCGGGGCAAAGAAGGACAGUGAGUUUUACAAGAAACACGGGAGUUAUGCUGGGAAAGAGGUAUAUGAUGAUAGGGAGGGUCCUGGUGUAAACAAGAGGAGGAGAAGGAACCCAGAAGAGGAUAAAGCAUUGCUGGAUCAGGACCUGGACGAGUUUCUUGCAGAAGAUGAGCCAGAUACCGCACCAUCGCCGCCAUCCAAGAUGUACUCGGACUAUAUCUCGUCAGAUGGUCGUACGUUACUCGAGCGUACCUCUGCCCGUGAACAUCCAGAGCCGGGUACUUUGGCGGGACGUUUGACUGAACGGCGCUCUCAGCGCUCAAAGAACGGGCGACCGUCGCAUGAUAGAGAGAGACGCAGACGGCGUGGUGGACGAGGAUCAGAGAGACGGAGAGGUGAAGAGCGUCCAAAUAAGAGUCAGCAGGAGCUAGAUGAUGAACUAGACGCUUUUUUAAGGGAAGGGGAGUGAUUCAUCCUGCACGUUUUGGUUUGGCUCUUGUAUUUUUAUUUAUGAAAAACUCCCUUCUCAGUUGUACCCCACGAAUCACAUAUCUUUCAGAGCUUUCGUCAGAAGAACAGGCACCUGUCCACUUAUGACUUUGGCUAGUCACUGUGAUUGUCGACUCAUGGACUUACCGCAUCAGUCGUUCCUUUUGAAGCUAUCAUGUAUCUUGGUGACUCCAAUCAUGGGA